AUGAAGCGCAAGAGAGGCGCCCUCGAAAAGGUCGACGUCGACUUGCCGAACCUCCAACACAAGAUCAAAACCGACCCAACCUCCUACCAGGACGAAUUCAUCAACCAAUACUCGCAAUACCAGUCCCUCCACGAGCUCUUCCUCCAGUCGCCCACCACCACCGAUGACAGCGGUAUAAUCCGGCUGCGCGAUCUGAUCGACUUUGUCAGCCAUGUCGCCGACUGCUACCCGCGCAUCACUGGCGCAUUCCCAAGCGAUCUGAUCGGGUUGCUGGAGAAGCAUCAUGCUACGCUGGAAGCUGAGUUGCGAGACAAGAUUGUGGGCAGUCUGGUGCUGUUGCGGAAGAAAGAGCUUAUAGACUCGACGAAGCUGUUGAAUGUGCUAUGGCCGCUUCUUAUAUCCACGCCUUCGAAAAGCCUGCGUGCGCUGCUGUUCCAGAAGAUUUUGUCGGACUUGAGGAAUUCGAAUGCGAAGACUACGAACCACAAGUUGAACCGCAUGAUGCAGACGACGUGCUACAACCUGAUCGUUUCGAAUCCGACGAGCUCGAAGGGGUUAUGGUCGGUCAAGGUGACGAGAGAAAUGUGGAAGAGACAGAUCUGGACGGACGCGAAGGCUGUGAGCAUUAUGGAAGCUGCUGCGUUGAGUAAAGAUGCGAAGGUGGUGACAUCUGGGGUACGGUUCUUCUUAGGUGGCGACCAAGAGCGGGAAGAGGCGGCGGAAGAGGACAGCGAUGAUGAAGGGGAUGUCGACAUGAGCAAACUACGACAUCAGGCGGGUAUCAACAAGAAGACUGGCAAGCGGGACAAAGAGUUGAAGGCGGCGGCAGCUAGGGUUAAGCGGAAAGAGAGGAAGAAGAACGCACCGCACCCGCUCAACUUCUCCGCGCUACACCUGCUGCACGACCCGCAAGGUUUCGCCGAGAAGCUCUUUCAGCAGCACCUACAACCCUCGCAGCCACAGGUUCGGCUGAAUCUGGAGCAGAAGCUCAUUGUGUUACAGCUCGUGAGCAGGCUGGUCGGUCUCCACAAGCUUACGCUGAUACCACUCUACUCCUACUUCAUCAAGUACCUCACUCCACGACAGCCGUCUGUCACCUCUUUUCUGGCUUCUCUGGCUCAAGCGACACACAGUCUGGUCCCGCCGGACGUGCUAGAGCCGUUGGUACAGAAGAUCGCAAACGAGUUCGUCAGCGAGGCGGCUGCAGCAGAAGUAGCCAGCGCUGGUCUGAAUGGUAUACGGGAGAUCUGUGUGCGCCAGCCGUUGACGAUGAACGAGACUCUUCUGCAAGAUCUCGUCCAAUAUCGCAAAUCGAAGGACAAAGGCGUCCAGAUGGCUGCUCGAGGUCUGAUGUCGCUGUAUCGAGAAGUGGGCGCUGAGAUGUUGAAGCGGCGUGAUCGUGGGAGAGAUGCUGCACUCAAGCUUCGAGCUGGUACUGGGCAGGGGACGAGAUUUGGUGAGGUUCAGAGUGGGGAGAUUGAAGGCCUGGAGUUGCUGGAAAAGUGGAAGGAGGAGCAGGGUCUUGACGAAGAAGAAGACGAGGCUAAGGGAUGGGAGAACUGGGAUGCACAGAGCGACAGUGAUGAUAGUGAAGGUGGCUGGAUCAAUGUCGAGAGUGAUGGAGAGGACAUCGAUGUUUCUGACUCCGAGGACGAGAAGCCGAAGAAGGCUGCCAAAGAAACGCCAGCCGAAAAGGCCAAGGAUUCAGACAAGGAGAACGCUGAAGCUGGAAAUAAGGACGAAACUCCAGACGCAUCCCGCAACACCGCCUCCCUGGAACCCCAAGAAGCCGUCCGCCGCGAAGAAGCCCGCAUGUCCAAUCUCGCCACCACCCGCAUCCUCACCCCCGCCGACCUCGCCAAACUCCACGAGCUCCGCACCUCCGCCGCCAUCACCUCCUCCAUGCCCUCCGCCAAACGCCGCCGCCUGCAACAACAACAGCAACAAAACUCCGCCCGCCACGCCGACGACGCCCUCACCUCCGCCGACAUCGAAGGCCUGGCCUCUCUAUCCAACAAACAGACCAAAGAAGAGAAGAUUCGAAUGGCGAAAGGUGAUCCUGACGAGAAGAACGAUCAUCGGUCGACGACGGCACGGAGGAAGGAGAAGAAGGAGGCCGAGGGGAAGAGUACGACGAAUAAGGAGAAGGCGCGGAAGAAGAAUUUCAUGAUGACGUUGGGCAAGGCGAAGAAGAAGGGGAAGAGGAGUUUGAUGGAGCACAGGAAGAUUUUGAAAGCGCAUGUGGAUCGGGGGAAGAAGGGCGGGAGGAGGGGGAAUAGGUGA